AUGAAUCGGGAUAAGCUUAUGAAGAUGGCCGGCUCUGUUCGCACUGGUGGGAAGGGGAGUGUGAGAAGGUUUUUUUCAUUGCUUCAUAAGUUUCCUUUUUGAUUAAGUAGAUCACCGGUCUCGUCUUUCUGAGGGAAUGUAUUACUCAAGAGACUGAAUAUUGGAAAUUUCUAUAACAUAUCCAGUGUUGUGAAGAGACUAGCUCCUUGAAAUUGCCUGUUAGAUUCCUCUGUAAAUAUUUUCUGGCCAAAUACGAAGUACCCUCAUUUUAGUUCUUUCUUUUUAUAGAUAUGAGAUGGGAUGAUCAGCCGAGGUCAUAAGAUGAUAAAUUAACGUGGAUUGCCAUUAUUUUAUUUCCCAUUUUCAGAUUAUCUUAAAUUUCUAAUAACUGGUACAUUGAAAAAUGUGUUUUAUGAACUGAAAUUCAUGUCUAUUGGUAAUCCACCGUAAAACUUCCAGUCGGGUUACUUUACAUGCCAUAUAUUCCUUUCUGGUGAUAAUUGAUUUUUUUAUGAAUUUGGUAAUCCAGGUGGCUAACUUAGGUAUUUUCGUGGGUUCCUUGUGUAUUUCGCCAGGAAGAAGAAGGCUGUCCACAAGACAACGACAACAGAUGACAAGAGGCUUCAAAGCACGUUGAAAAGAAUAGGCGUCAACACGAUCCCAUCAAUAGAAGAAGUGAACAUUUUCAAGGAUGAUAUCGUGAUCCAGUUCCUAAACCCUAAAGGUAAAUGACUCUUCCGAUCAGAUAGCAAUAUAACAGCUCCCUGUGUGGAAAUCUUAGUCUUUAUCUACGUUUUCACCUGAUAAAUUCCUUGCUUAUUUGUUAUCCAGUGCAAGCCUCCAUUGCCGCCAACACGUGGGUAGUCAGCGGUUCUCCUCAGACCAAAAGUAUUUUCCUCAUAUCUCUUCUUUUUAUCUGUCCAAAUACUAUCACUGAUUUCAUUACAUUCAUUUAUUACUGCCAAAUUUAUAAGGCCAAUCAACGAAUCUGUUAUGUGGUGGUUGACUAUUAUUUACUCUUCUAGUGGUUAAGCGUUAUUGGUCGGGGUAUGAUGUCUAGAACCAAUAUAUCCUUUCGAGAUUAUUUUGACAGUUUUUUUUCCAAUUAAUGGUGGGGUAAAUUGUAAUUUUUUAUCUUUUCUGAAUCUGUUAUGGUCGUUUACUAGCCUUUAUUGUUCUUAUGAUGUAAUUAGAACUUAAGAUGUAUCAUCAGACCAGAGGACUUGAUUUUUAUUUCUCAAUCAAUAAUGGGCAGAAUUCUGGUUAAUUAUGGUUGUUGAGCCUUGCUGGUUGACUUCUGACGCGUAGAAACCUUGCCAAAUGAUUGCAUAGUUUCAUCCACUUAUAUUUUAUAUCUUCUUUUUGUCCCAGAGCUUCAGGACAUGCUUCCUGGCAUCAUCAACCAACUGGGUAAACUCUCCUGGUCUCUGCUUUCUUUCAUUUGUAAUGGUCAUAUCAUCGCCUUUUGCUGUCAGAUGUGAAUCCCUCUCCCCCAAUUUUCUGCGUUUUCAGGCCCUGAUAAUCUUGAAAACCUGAGGAAGCUGGCGGAGCACUUCCAAAAGAAGGCUUCUGGUGCCACCGCCGCAUCCGGCCAGGAGGACGACGACGACGUCCCAGAUCUUGUGCCCGGUGAGACAUUCGAAGCUGCUGCCGAAGCUGAUACCAAAGCUGCUGUAGAAGCCCCUCCUGCGGAUGAAGCCAAGGUCUCUUCCUAG